AUGGAGGACGACAACACGCUCUGGAAGUAUCUCCUGACUGCAGGCGAACGCGUGCCCGGGAAGAGAAAGCGGGUGAUAAUUCAUUGGUGCCGUCGGCAGGUCCACCACCAGGAUGUGACCACCCGGGCCUGUGAGUUCCGGAUGAGACAAUCCUUACAAAUGCCCCUGCGAACCGCCGGGUUCGUACCCCGAUCACAGCCUCGUGAGUCAACCAAAAUCUGCAAUAUUGGCUGCGAGAGAAACCGUCGGGUCAAUAACUACAAAUCCAGCGACGCAGAGGCAUGGUCUACGUGGAAACUUGAGUCCUCACACGACGUCGAUGAGAACGUCAUUAGGGAGCUGAGUGAUGGCAAGGGUAGGAGCAAGGAGAACCAUAGGGACGAUAAUGACAAGGAGAAGAACAACAUCAGCAACGACAACACAGACGAAGACAACGUCGGGGGUGAGCGGAGGCGGAAGAACAAGAGCAGAACCGAGAGCAAGAGCAAGGAGAACCAAAUGGACGUCAACGACGAAGAUGUUGGCGAGGAGGAGGACGAGCAGGAGAAACAGGACGACAACGAACACGACAUCUCAUAUAUUGAAGACUACGUGUGGCGGAGCGUAUUCCGGAAGUCCCUACGGUUCUAG